UGUUAACAAUGUGCCUACGUCACAAUCAAAAGCUCUUCUUCGUGCCGCUUUCGGUUAGUGCACGAGAGGAAAAAAGGAUGAUUUGCUUUCAUUGGAAGACGCGAUAUGACAGUGCUCGUGGAAGGACAAUCCACUAAUGACGUCAUUCGAAUAUGUCAAUAUCGGUCCGACCAUCCAGCAAGCAUGGUUGACGUCUACACAGUCGAAAUCUCCGAUUCAAAGUCGACUUAUAAGAGUCAUUCGGAAUGUCCACCGAGAAGGUUGGAAAAAAAGUCGGGAUCUCAUCGUACUUAACUGUGUUUUACUCGCUGUAAUUAUGCUGUGUGCAAUGCUAUUAAUUGCCGUAAUUUUUUGCCGGAAAGCUCCCAGAUCCCGACAAAUUAUCGAUCGUGAUAUUGAGCGUCAAUCGGACUCCUCUCUAGAUCCAUUAAUCGAUCGAUUGGUGAUCGAGUCUCUGGAAAACUCUUACAGGGUACAGAAGAGACGCGAACGCUCGGCUAAGCUAAAAGCCGAACUUGCCACGAUCAAUAAACAAUGGUUCGCUACGUACUCGGACCACAGUCGUUGGGUCUCGAACGAUAUACAAGAAAUGCCAACUACCGAUCCUGAAUCUCUCGGAGUUGGAAAUUGUAUGACGAGAAAUUCAAAAGUUUCCAAACAUGUUCGAUUUAACGAAAGCACUAGAAUUUUUUUCAUCGAAAAUCGCAAAGAAUUAAAAAGGCUAGAGAAACUUGGAAAGAGGACUUCAUUCAAGAAAGCUUUGGUUUAUACCUCGCCCUCACUUCCUCAGAUUGUGAUACAUCAACAGCCAGCAAACCAAUUACCACGAGCGGCCUCCGCCCUUUGUGCGUCACUUCCGGCAAUCACUGUACCUAAAACAUUACAGGAAAGAAGGGAUAUACCCCCAGACUCUCAUCAAAUGCGGGACAGAGUGGGCUACCUGUGGCCCCAACCAAAGAGAUGGACAAGACACCAGGAAUUGUAGAAAGAGUAUAGCGACGUUAACGAAACAUCUGCAUGGACAUUUGCUUUAGAUAUCCACGUGUAAGAGUGUAUAACUCUAGGGACAUUUUUAAAUAUACAUUGUACAAAUAUCAACAUUAAGAGACAAAAAUAUAAACACGCUUUUCUUCCCAA